AUGAGCCAGAGCUCGGCCGCACUCAGUGGUGACCUCCUCACCUCCUACCUUCAGCUCAAGCACGGCACGGAAACCCUGGCAGGAUGGCUGGUGGAGGAGGCUGUCACCAAGUGUGCAUACCAACUCAACGCCGCCCAGGCACCGGCCGCGGCUCCAAGGUUGAAGGGGAAAGCCCGGAAGACAGCCAAAGCCAAGGCUACCGUGAACCCGUCCAAGUCCACAAAGUACACAAUCCAAGUGUCCGACUUCGUCCCCAUGGCCAAGGCCAUCGCCGAAGUCCAGCCUAAGAUCGUGAUACCCAGGGCUUUGGACGCUUUGUUCGACAGCGUUAUCGACUCGCGUCGCAAAAUCACCUCUUUCUAUCAACAGGCGAGCAUCAACGCGUCAGUGGAAGCAAGCAACCAGCGGCACUCGUACUUCACCAAUAUCCUCACCACUGCCUGGGAGACUUUGCGGCCCUUUACUGAAGCCAGGGAGGCGACCGGCACAUCCCGAGCCAGGGCCUCCGAGAAGGCCAGUUGCGAGCCACUCCAUAAAACCAACCGCUUUGCUGCGCUCGACGUCCCGGAUGGUGUCGACGUAGACCCCGCCGAGGCCAUAAUGGUCUCGUCGUAUGCGUUGGAGAAGGUCCCGCCUGUCACGAUUGUCCGGGAUGAGCAGGGCAUCGAAGACGACUUCGUACUCGCUCUGCUCAGCUUCGCUUGCGAGCUGGACGAAGUGCGUCGUGCGCUCGUGGCUGAGUGGACUGCCUAUGCUGAAGGUGAGACGAACCUGGCGACGGUCGCCCUGCUGACCGAGACGACCAUUGGCCUCGUGCGUCGGGCGGAGCAGAGCCUCGAGGACACUGUGCAGCGUCCCCGGAAGUACCCAGCGGCAGACUACCCGGUCUGGACUUUUCUCGGCAUCCUCCAGUGGGAGCUGAGGCAGGAUGCAAUCCGGCAAGAAGACCCUGACGGCCUGAGUAUGAAGGACUUCAUCAAACCGUCGGCAGAAACGGGACGUUUCGACGGCGUGGAUGGCAGUCAAUUCUUCUUCUAUCAUACCUACAUGUUGCUCAAGUUCUCCGUCUGGAGCUUGGAAUACAAACAACAACCUACCAUUGGCAACGACGUCCUUGAAAACCCGGAAAUCAAGCGGAUUUACGACAUGAUACCCGUCUUCUCAUCCAUGUGUAGCAUGGUAGAUGCGCCAGUGACAGACGUGAUCACGCGUGGCAUUCAAACUGCCUUCAAAACGUGCACGGUUCCUAUCUCGGUCACCUUUGGCGUUCAUCUCCUUGGUGAGAUCCAGGAUGCCCUCACUCGUGCCGGUGUGCCCAGACGGGCGUUACAGGAUGUGCAGACGCACGUGAGCCGCCGGAACAAAGACUUCCAGAACAUGGAUAUCUUCAAGCUGCGUUUCAACACGAGGCGCAACGGCUCCCAGUACCUUCGUCGCUAUGGAGAGUGGCUUAAGUUGGCUGGACCGUAUAUCCUCCAAGAUGGGUACAACCGUAACGCUAUGCAAUAUAUGGACAAGCUGGCCUCAAUGGGCGCUUGGAACCGUGACUAUCCCGAGUGGACGUGCGAACGAGACCAUUUUCUCGUCAAGCACCCGGUGCUGUGCGGUCUUUGGCGUUACAUGGUCGACGUGCGCCAUACUCGCUGGGCAAUUCAGUUUGAGCAGGCCAGCCUGAACAACAGUCUCGGCAUGCAUCUUUACAGUGCGAUCCGCGUUGCUUUCCCGAACGACCGCGCCUGGCCUGACAUGGAGUACUUGCUAGACCGACAGGACCGCAACUGGAUCUACUUCGGUGGACUCCCCAAGACAUUGGCCGAGGCGCACAGUAAGGCCAUGCUCGGCCUGGGCAUACCCGCCUCGGCCUUUGCGCGUGCCCAGCGCAGAUCAAACACGGUCACCAAGUCUGCCGAGAAGGACGGCCGCAUAAUGCGCGACACCUCGCACCUAGCCACGUACUUCCAAGACCUUACAUAUACAAAACCCGACACCGAGUCCACGGCCACGCGCGAUGAGGCGCUGAUGAAACUUCGACACACGCUACUUGACACCAAAAACCUCGAGCGUAUCGCCCGGGUGCAUCAGCUCCCGCGCCGCCUACGGGAUCGCAUGGAGCCCGGAAACAAGACGACCAAGCCGAAGAAUGCCGCUUCCGAGGACCCAGCGUACUGCAGCAUCAAGGGCUUCCUGAGAGUGUUACAGGUGUACAUCGAGGCCGAGUCGGCCGACCUCGGCUUUGAUAUGUGGGCGCUACACGAAGCCUUGGAGGAGCUAUGGGCGACCGGCCUAAGGCAGGUCGAGGGAGGCGCCCCCAAGCACCGCGACGCAGGCAUGCCGAACGUUUUGCUGAACGAGGUGCUCGGUCCGGCCAGCGACGUCGAGGCGUUGCUAUCUGAGUCGCUCCCCCCGCUCCCCCGUAUGGCCGUGGCAGCCGCCGCGGCCUACCAGGUCGAUCCGGACGACCUGCACGCGCUCGCCGUGGCCAGGUUCGUCUCGAUGAAUACGCUGCUUGUUCAUGCGCGUGCGGCGCUGCAGGACAUCAUCACGUGUCCGAUCGUGGGUGCGGACGGAGAGCGCGACGACAGCGGGGAGCCCAAGCUGUGGGCCGGCGACGAGAGUGUCGCCGGGCUGGCGCUGUACCAGAACUACGACUCGGUGCUGGCCCGGAUGAAGGACCACAAGGCGCUGGCGGCGCGUAUGUAUACGGGCUGGUCUGCCGAAGAGACGACACGCUCGCUCGUGCGCGAGCGAAUGCUCCAGCUCACGUCCGGGGUCACGACGAUGAGCCGGCCGUUCGCCCGGCCUGAAUUGGUUCAGAGUCAGACCCUUGCUAAUGGGCUGAAUGUCCAGGUGUUUGAUGCUAAUGCUAUGCUUGAUGCGCUGGAACUCGAGGAUGGAGGGCGAUGA